AGCUGAUCCAAUCAUUUGAACCGUUGAAGUCGGUCGGAAUAGUCGCGCGGUCGUGGUUCUUACAAGCAGAAUUCCGAGCAAAACGCGCGCGCCCUUUUUCUCACUGGCCCUCGGAAUCGCGUGGCGCAGCUUGUGAUUUAUGUAGUAAUUUUCGUCGAAACGUUGUGCUUUUUGGUUUUAACAGGAAGCAUCAUAAUUGUUGAAGUGUUUUUAACAAAAGCUGGGGAAUUCCCAAGCAGAUGGGGUUUUUGUUGAACGGGGUAAAAAAAUUCCUGUUCUUUAAACAAGUUCAGUGAUCCUGUGGGGGAAAAGUGAACAAAAAAUAAGCAAAUCGUAAUACAUAAUCAUACACAAAGUUGUUUGAAAUUUGUAAAAAGGAUUCAAUUUCAUCGUCCCAGCCGGAUUAAUACAACGUAUUCCUAGUUUCAACCGUCCUAAGUAUCGCCUGGCAGAGUAUCGUAGGUUUUGUCCUAGCUGGUGUACAGUGAAGGUAGAGAUUGCGGGACAGUGAGAGUGUGUUAUUCGUUUAGUUCGAACUUCACCCAGCCAUGGAGGACGAAUCGUUGAAGAAGGCCAUCCGGAAGGACUCGAACGGUUCGGCCAAUGGCAAUGGCAAGGCCAAUGGGGGUGGCGAUGGAGAAAUUACGCUCAAACCAAAGAUGACUCUAGUCAACGGCGUUACGGUAAUCGUGGGCUCCAUCAUCGGUUCCGGCAUUUUUGUGUCCCCGACCGGAGUUCUGAUCAACACUGGCAGCGUCAACAUGUCCCUGAUUGUGUGGGUUAUAUCAGGCCUGUUCUCGAUGGUCGGUGCGUACUGCUACGCGGAGCUCGGAACCAUGAUCAAAAAAUCCGGAGCCGAUUACGCGUACAUCAUGGAAACCUUUGGACCGUUUCUGGCCUUCAUCCGGUUGUGGAUCGAGUGUAUGAUCGUAAGGCCCUGCUCCCAGGCCAUCGUCGCGUUAACCUUCAGCGUCUACGUACUGAAACCGUUCUUCCCCGAGUGCCAACCGCCGGAGGAUGCCGCUCGGUUGCUGGCCGUUUGCUGUAUUUUGGUACUCACCUUUGUUAAUUGCUGGGACGUCAAAUGGGCAACUGCCGUCCAGGAUAUCUUCACCUAUGCCAAAUUACUGGCGCUGUUCAUCAUCAUAGGAGCCGGUGCCUAUUUCCUGUUCAGAGGACACACGGAGUAUUUCACAUUCGACAACACUAAAACAGAAGUUACGUCGCUGGCUCUCUCCUUCUAUUCCGGACUGUUUGCGUACAACGGCUGGAACUAUCUUAACUUUAUCAUCGAGGAGCUGAAGGAUCCUGUCAAGAAUCUGCCCCGGGCCAUCGCCAUAUCCUGCACCCUGGUCACGGUUGUGUAUGUGUUCACCAACAUCUCAUUCUACACCGUCCUUUCGCCGGAAGAGGUCCUCGGUUCCCAGGCUGUGGCCGUUACCUUCGCCGAGCGAGUGUUCGGCGUAUUCGCUUGGACAAUUCCAGUCUUCGUGGCCCUUUCGACCUUCGGUGCUGUUAAUGGAAUUCUGCUGACCUCAUCUCGGUUGUUCUAUGCCGGCGCCUGCGAGGGCCAGAUGCCGGAGAUCCUCACGAUGAUCCAGAUCCAGCGGCUCACUCCGACACCGGCCGUCCUGAUCAUGGCGUUGCUUUCGAUGCUAUACCUCACCGUGUCGGACAUCUUCGCGUUGAUCAACUACGUCGGAUUUGCCACCUGGUUGAGUAUUGGCGUGGCCGUGCUCUGCCUUCCAUGGCUGCGAUGGGCCCAACCCAACCUGCCCCGUCCCAUCAAGGUGAACCUGAUCUUCCCGAUCUUCUACCUGAUAGCGACCGUUUUUGUAACGGUUGUUCCGAUGAUUGCCAGCCCCGUCGAAACCGGCUACGGCGUUCUGAUGAUCCUGACCAGUAUUCCCGUGUACUGCAUAUUCGUCGCGUGGCGUAACAAACCCAAAUGGUUCAACCAUACCAUGGUGGGCCUCACCCGAUUCCUGCAGAAAAUGCUGAUGGUCGUCGGCAAGGCCAAACCCGCUCAGGUCUAAACGAAUCCACACAUCCAUGACACAGUAGUUGUGGAGUUUUAGGAAAUUUUACUUUUUAAUCUGUUCAGUGAGGAGGAGAACUGAACGGAACAUCACAGAACGUCUCCCAUGCCAUUGGGAUUCCAGUAGUAAGUUAGAAGAAGGUAGGAUCAAAAGUAUAUGCAGAAAAAGCUAAUUUAAGAUAGCAGAAAAAAAAACCCAAAAAGUCGUAGACGGUCGAACCAAAUUAGUAACAGGCAUUUAAAUACUUUGUUGAGGGGAAUUCAGCUUUUGUCAGAUUUUAUUCGUUUGAUUUGAAUCGCACAAAUCUUCACCCAAUAGCGAGGAUGUAAAAUUUAGUCUAUUCCUAGCGUUAGUUUCUCAAGUUAGAUAGCGUUACUGUUUUAUUGUACUAGUUUUAGUUACGUUCUAAUGUCUCAAAAGACGUUUGCUGAAGCAAGGCUGACAGUUCAGUGUGUAUUAUUGUAACUCUAGCAUUCCAGCACAAUCGAUGGUGCAUCGUUUGUGUAUUGUUUUUAAAUUGCAUGUUAACAGUCUGUUAUCGUUAAGAAUCAGUUGCCACAUAUUGAAAAGAAAAAAAAUUACAUGUUCCUGAGUAAAAUUCAUGCAUUUACUAUUGGCUGUUCAUGCUACGUUGCCAAAAUU